UGGAGCAGGAUGGAGACCAUUGCCAGCGCGCAGCUGAGGGGCCACCGCUCCAUGAACCCCUGUCCUGUUUACGAUGAGGUCUCGGGGGAGCUGAUCCUGUUCUUCAUAGCUGUCCCAGGGAAGAUCUCUGAGCAGCACCAGCUCAGGACCAAGACCAACGUGGUACGUCUCUGCUCCGUCAGCAGCAGGGACCAGGGCCGCACGUGGAGCGCCGCGCGGGACCUCACCGAGGCUGCCACCAGCACCCAGUACAACAACUGGGCCACCUUUGCCGUGGGGCCCGGUCACGGGCUGCAGCUGCAGGACCAGGCCAGGAGCUUGGUGAUCCCUGCCUACGCCUACAGGAUCCUGGAGCCAGAGCAGCACCCCACCCCUCACGCCUUCUGCUUCAUCAGCUCCGACCACGGGGCCACGUGGCGGAUGGGGAACUUCGUGGGGGAGGAGAGCGCCGUGGAGUGCCAGGUGGCAGAGGUGCACACGUGUGGCAGGAGGGUCCUCUACUGCAACGCCAGGAGCAGCAGGGGGGCCAGAGUCCAGGCCGUCAGCUACAACCACGGGGUGGACUUUGAGGGAGGCCAACGGGUCGAGACGCUGGUGGAACCUCCCUCUGGAUGUCAUGGCAGUGUGACUGCCUUCCCACCUCCCCCUAAUGCCAGGUGUCGGGAUAGCUGGUUGCUCUACUCUCAUCCUACAGACCCGAGAGGUCGAAGAGAUUUAGGAAUUUACCUGAACAAAAGCCCUUUAAAUCCAGCCCACUGGACAAAGCCAAGCAUCCUCUUCAAGGGCCUGUGUGCUUACUCGGAUCUGCAGUACAUGGGGGUUGGGCCAGAUGGCUCACCCUUGUUCUCCUGCCUCUUCGAAUAUGGGACCCACCAGCAAUGUGAAGAGAUGAUCUUUGUCAUGUUCACUUUGAAGCAAGCCUUUCCCUCCGAGCUCUGA